UUUCCCGGUUUCUACAUUUGAUAUUUAGAGAAUGGUUUCGCGGGGCGCCCGAUCCCAAAAUUCCCGUGUGUCAUGAUUGGAUGCCGGAGAUGCUUAUGGUUAGGAUAGGACGUCAAGAUCCUGUUCCUUUGGCUGGCUUGCAACACGCACUCGCGUAUUUGCGCCGUGGUUUGAACGUCUUUCUCAAGUGGAAUGUUGCUCCAGCGCGUCUUGUCGGUGCGUCGCGUGAUGCUGGCCCGGGCCGUAGCCGCGCGCGCCAUGGCCACGAGCUCCUACGCGCCGGCUGACGCCUUCCUGCAUCGCCACCUGGGCGUUUCGUCCGAGAAGGACCGCAAGGCCAUGCUGGCCACUGUGGGCUUCGACAGUGUUGAAGAUCUGGUGGCCGCUGUUGUGCCGACCGAGAUCCGUCUAGACAAGCCGCUGGAUCUGCCGCCGCCGCUCAGCGAGAGCGAGGCGUUGGCCAAGCUCAAGGUGCUGGCGGCCAAGAACCAGACGCUCAAGUCCUUCAUCGGCAUGGGCUUCAACGACACUCACACGCCUGCCCCCAUCGUGCGUCACAUCCUGGAGAACCCGGGAUGGUACACGAGCUACACGCCGUACCAGGCCGAGGUGUCCCAGGGUCGUUUGGAGAUGCUGCUCAACUUCCAGACCAUGAUCCUGGACCUGACCGGCCUCGAAUACGCCAACGCCUCGCUGCUGGACGAGGCCACGGCCGCCGCCGAGGCCAUGGCCCUGGCCCACGGCAACUUCAACGGCAAGCGUACCAAGUUCUUUGUGGACCAGGAUGCCCACCCACAGACGAUCGGCAUGAUGCAGACGCGAGCCGAUAACUUUGGCAUUGAGCUCGUGGUGGGAAACCCCAAGACCGAUCUUGACCUUAAGGACCAGGGAUACAGCGGUGUGCUGCUGCAGUACCCGACCACUUUCGGUGCCGUCAACGACUACCGUGACUUCGUGGACGAGGCCCACAAGUCCAAGCUCGUGGUGGCCGUCGCCACGGACCCGUUGAGUCUGACGCAGCUCACUCCGCCCGGCGAAUGGGGCGCCGAUAUUGCUCUGGGAUCGGCCCAGCGCUUCGGUGUGCCCAUGAUGUUCGGUGGCCCACACGCUGCGUUCCUGGCCACGACCAAGAAAUACCACCGCAAGAUGCCCGGCCGUAUCAUCGGUGUAUCGGUUGACUCGCGUGGAGAGCCGGCUGUGCGUAUGGCCAUGCAGACUCGCGAGCAGCACAUUCGUCGUGACAAGGCCACUAGCAACAUUUGCACGGCCCAGGCCCUACUGGCCAACAUGGCUGCUGCGUACGCCAUCUACCACGGCCCCGACGGACUGGACAUUAUCGCUAAGCGCGCCAACCUGUACGCGGCCACCCUGGCCGCUGGCCUGGAGAAGUUCGCGCCCAAGUGCAAGGUGGUUAACGACGCUUUCUUCGACACUUUGGAGAUUGAUGUGUCGCAGUCGGGUACGUCGGCUGCCGACGUGGCCGCUGAAGCCACGAAGCGCGGAGUGAACGUCCGUGUCAUUGACGAUAAGCGUGUGGGUGUAUCGAUGGGCGAGAGCGUCGACCUGAAGGACCUGGAGAAGCUGCUGCUAGCGUUCGGAGCCGAGGAGAGCCUUCCUAAGGACCUGGCCGAGGCCCUCGGUGCUCGUGCAGAGGAGAUCCAGAAGAAGAGCAUUCCGGAGGGGCUGCGCCGUUCGACGUCGUACCUGGACCACGACAUCUUCCACAAGUACCGCUCGGAGACGGAGCUCACCCGCUACCUGAAGCAGCUGGAGGACAAGGACUUGGCCCUUAACCGCUCCAUGAUCUCGCUGGGAAGCUGCACUAUGAAACUGAACGCCGUGUCCGAGCUGGCCCCUAUUUCGUGGCCGGAGUUCACUAACGUUCACCCGUUCGUGCCCGAGGAACAGAGUGCUGGUUACCGUGAGCUCAUCGAGUCGUUGAACCACUCGCUGGCCGUCAUCACGGGCUUCAGCGCCGUGUCUACGCAGCCGCAGAGUGGCGCCCAGGGUGAGUACGCUGGUCUUCUGACCAUCCGCAACUACCAGCGCUCCAUUGGCCAGGGCCACCGUAACGUGUGCCUGAUUCCAGUGUCUGCGCACGGUACCAACCCAGCCAGUGCUGUGAUGGCCGGCAUGAAGGUCGUGGUCGUGAAGUCGGACGAGAAUGGCCACGUGGAUCGCGAGGACCUGGCAGCCAAGGCUGCUGAGCACUCGGACAACCUCAGUGCCUUUAUGAUCACGUACCCGUCGACUUUCGGUAUGUUCGAGCCGGGUAUCAAGGACAUGGUGGACCUCAUCCACUCGCACGGCGCUCAGGUCUACAUGGAUGGCGCUAACAUGAACGCCCAAGUGGCAUUGUGCAACCCUGGUGGCAUUGGCGCUGACGUUUGCCACUUGAACCUGCACAAGACCUUCUGCAUCCCGCACGGCGGCGGUGGUCCCGGUGUCGGCUCUAUCGGUGUUGCGGCCCACCUGGCCCCGUUCCUGCCGGGCCACACGGUCAUGCCUACGGGUGGUGAGGGCGAGCACACGGUCAAGAAGACGGACUCGGCUGUCAGUGGAUCGCCGUUCGGCAGUGCCGGUAUCCUCCCGAUCCCUUGGAUGUACAUCAACAUGUUGGGCGAGGACGGCCUGAAGCAGGCCACGUCCACGGCCAUUCUGAACGCCAACUACAUGGCCAAGAAGCUGGAGAGCCACUACGAGGUUGUCUUCCGCAGUGCCAACGGUACGUGCGCGCACGAGUUCAUCAUCGACAUGCGCCCGUUCAAGGAGCUUGGCAUCGUGGAGGAGGACGUGGCCAAGCGUCUGCAGGACUUUGGCUUCCACAGCCCCACCAUGUCGUGGCCCGUGCCCGGCACGCUCAUGAUUGAGCCCACGGAGAGUGAGAGCAAGGCCGAGAUGGACCGCUUCUGCGAGGCUUUGGCUAUUAUUCGUCGCGAGAUUGAGGACGUCGCUACGGGCGCCAUCGCCGUCGAGGACUCGCCACUCAAGCACGCGCCGCACACGGUGGACCAGGUCACGGCCGGUGUCUGGGACCGCAAGUACUCGCGUGAACAGGCUGCGUUCCCCGCGCCGUGGCACCAGGGAGGCAAGAACAAGACCUACUGGCCGUCCGUCGGCCGCGUUGACAACGUGCACGGUGACCGUCACCUCGUGUGCAGCUGCCCGCCUCUAUCGGACUACGAGUAAAUCAAGAUGCUGUUGGUGAACUACUCGACGUAACCAGCAAGCUGACUGCAAAGCUGCAGAGGCUUUGCGUCUGGCGCUUCGACUUUGCAGACUGCUUUUCCUUCACGACUUCACUGGGCUUUUUUGUUCAUGUGGUUAACCAAUGACCGAUGUUAAAAUAGAUGUCGCUCGGGUUCGACAGCGCCGUGCGGGAGGCGGCUGUAUUACUCGAGUGCUGUAGUACGGAAACCCUCUGCCUUGCAAGGGUUGUCGGGGUAGUUUUGGACAUUUUAAUGAAGAUAAGCCGAGGUUAGAUACAGAUAUUUUACUCAAUAGUUAUGAUGUUUCUUCUCGCGUUAAUAUCAUUGGAACACUUGCAGUUCAGUGUUCUUUCA